UAUAUAUCCGGGCAGCGUGCUUGUCAGGGCCACACACACACAGACUAACUGCAGACAGCGUUCAAGGACUUACUCAAAAUACAAAGAGACACUCAAUCACAGAACCAUGAAGGUCCUCGUUGUGCUUGCUUUGGCCAUUUUCACCGGUUGCAAUGCCAACCUAUUGUAUGCUGAUGAGCCCAAACCACAGCUGGAGCAGCUGACAAAUGCAUUCUGGAACUACGUUGGCCAGGCAACGCGCACAGCAGAGGACACCAUUCAGAUGAUCAGGAAGUCUCAGUUGGGACAGGAAGUCAGUGCUAGGCUCACAGAGGGCGCGGAUGCAGCCAGCCAGUAUGCAGUCCCUUUGGCUCAAAACGCCAUGGAAACCAUCUUGAGGAAUGCGGAAGUGCUUAGAGAUGGUCUGACUCAUGACCUGGCCACCGUUCAGGAGAAGCUGGAGCCUUAUGCAGAGGACAUGAGAGCCCAGGUUCUGCAGAGGGUGGAGGAUCUGAAGGCUGCUGUGGCUCCCUAUGCAGAGUCCCUGGACUCUGAGUCCCUGAAGACCGCCCUGCUCCAGAAGAGUGAGGAGCUGAAGGGAAGUCUGGAGAAGAGCGUGCAGGAGCUGCAGUCCCAGCUGGGUCCCUACACCGAGGAGCUCAGGCAGAAGGUGGACCAGCACCUGCAGGAGUUCCAGGCCAAUGUGGCCCCCUUGGCGGCUGACCUCCAGACCCAGUUAGUCCAGAGAACCAAGAUGGUCCAGCAAAGUCUGGCACCCUACGCUGAAGACCUGAAGGAAAAACUGGACCCCUACGCCCAGGACCUCAGAGCACAGCUCACCUCCCUGUAUGAAUCCUUCACUAAGUCAAGCUAAAUAAUUUUGCCGUUGACUAAUUUAUUACAAAGAAAUUCGCAAAAGACUCUUGGAUCUUGAAAAAUGACAGCCAUUUUACGUUGUCCCCUUUGUACUGUAUAUUUUUGCUAACUUUAUUUAUUUAAAUGUGAUUAAAUAGUGUUUUUCCAUCUGGUAUAGCAAUAAAACAAAUACGUUCAGAAGGUCUGUCUCAUUCA